AUGGAUGUCUGUGGAGGUGGUCAGGUCGUUCGUCUGCUCCUCGUAGCGGCAUGCUCGGCGCGGUUCGUCGGCGCCUACGAUGGUUACUGGCCAGACCACGAAUACGUGUACGAAGGCAGCGGCGAAGGCGUGAAACACCAUUACCCGUACGACACGAGAACGCCGGGUCUUCGUGGCAAGACGAAGGAGAAGAGUUCGGUCAAUGCUGACCGACUGCCGGUUAUGAACAGAGAAGAGCUGAUUCUGUAUCCUCAUGCAGUCGUUAAAAAGAAGCCU